GGCCCCGCGGCGGGGCGGGAGCGGACACGACGCGCGGGGCGCCCCGCCCGCCCCGGAAGCCGCGGGUGCUACAACUGUCGGGGCUGUCGUGACAUCGCCGGGGCUGCGGGACGACUUACCUAGUUAGGAAGAGCUGACUGCUAAAGAGAAAAUGACGUCUCUAGAAAAAGUUGAUGAGGGCUCAUCACCCAUUCGAGGACCUGGCGAUGGCAUGGAAAUGGAGCAGACAGCUGGAUCGGUGGAAGUAAUUACUGGAGCCAACACUACGAACCAUCACAUCCACCACAGCCCACAUAAAAAGACAGCCUCUUCCCUGAGUCCUGGAGUUCUGCAGCUGGGGAAAGUACAUGCUGACAAAUCAGUGGAAAUUGAAGCUAUUCGUAUAUUAGUCCCCAAAGCAGCCAUCACCCAUGUUGUUCCGACUAAAAAUGCUAAGGUAGCUAAAUCUGUGGGACAUAAAGGAGACACGUUCCAUCAGUCGGAUGGAGCCACAGAUCCCAAGAAAGAACGGAUAGAGCUUAAAAAUGCAAUUGAAAAGCUGAAAAAUUCAGAAAAGCGGUUGUUACAGGAUAAGGAAGGUCUCUCUAAUCAGCUGCGUAUUCAGACAGAGGUCAAUCGGGAGCUGAAGAAAUUGCUUGUUGCUUCUGUGGGGGACGAUCUGCAGUAUCACUUUGAACGGAUGGCUCGUGAGAAAAAUCAGCUCAUCCUAGAAAAUGAAGUCCUGGGCCGGAAUAUGUCUCAGUUGUCUGAACAAUUAGAGCGCAUGUCUAUCCAAUGUGACGUGUGGCGAAGCAAGUUCCUAGCAAGCAGGGUUAUGGCUGAUGAGUUAACUAAUACCAGAGCAAUUCUUCAGCGUCAAACCAGGGAUGCCCAAAGUGCAAUCCAGGACUUGCUAAAUGAACGUGAUCAGUUCCGUCAGGAGAUGAUUGAUACACAGAAGCUGCUGGAGGAGCUCAUGGUCUCUCUUCAAUGGGGGAGACAACAGACAUAUUACCCUAGUGCCCAGCCUUACACUACAACAGAGCUAGCAGCUGUGAACUGUAAGCUAGCCAAAGCUGUGAGCUCACAUCUUCUGGGAAAUGUUGGCACCAACAGUCCAAAAAAGACUUCAACAAGUGUGGAGUUUUGCAAUACCCCUGCUGAGAAAAUGGCUGAAAUGAUGUUACGUGUACUGGAUCCAGCUGCACGUCCGGAAACAUCAACAGAAGUUUCUUUUUCUGAGGCUUCACCAUCUUCCUUCCUUUCCUCAAAGAAGAGUAUUGGAAGGUUUCACCCAUAUACAAGAUACGAAGAUGUAACCUUCAAUUGUUGCAAUCACUGUCAAGGAGAGCUGAUAGCCCUUUAAAAAUUCAGCCAAGACAAUUGCACAUGCACUCCUGAAGAAUUACACUAGUUGAUGUUCAGCAUGCUUCCCUUUGUCCUUUUUUUCAUAAUGGGUGGGUUUAACAUUGGAAAUCGUGCAGUUUCUGCUUCUCUACCUCUUGAAGUUAGGGACUGGCAGGAUUUCUGUAGCCUCUGGGAUACUUCUACUUCUCAGUCUGGAAAGCUACUUAUUUUCUUCUACAAAGGCACAACUAUUUAAGGUUUAUAGUCUUAUUAGCAAAUCUUAAUAAAUUUCCCUUUAGAGGGAGACAGAAGUAUAAGUAUACCAAAGUAAAUGACAUGCUGAUAGGUUAUGUCUAAAUUAAAAAAAAAAAGGUAAUGGAAAAUGGUCAGCUCCAUGCUUUUUUUUUUUUUUUUUAAAUCUUAGCCAAGGGGAUGAACCAUCCCCAAGUCUCUGUGCAGCCUUUUAAAUUUAGUAAUAAAAAGGAAUAUGUGCAAUGAUUCUUCAUAGCUGUAAGCUCUGAAGGGAAGAGCAUAUGCAGUGUCAGCCCUACUGGCAAGAAAGAGAAGAAGCUUGAAUGAACUCUAGCUAGAUAUAUAAAUAGUAACUGGUUUCAAAUGGAUUCUAGAAAACUUGAGGUGUGUGUGGAAAUUAUUCUUGUGUUUUCAUAAAGCUGAAAUAAUGGCUUUUCCAUCUGUUUCAGCUUCUAGAGUGAAGCUGUUGCAUAGCUGAACCUCAGAAAAGGCAGACUGAUGUACUUCCUUUAGUACAUGGUGUUGAAACCUGACCUAAUGUUAGUACUCAGUCCUUGCCUAAGGUCUUCCUAGGUAUUACAGGAAGAUGAAGAUAGGCACCAAGUUUGCACAAGUACUGUUAUAAAAAAAAGUAUUUUUUUACUUGUAUGGUUUUAUAAUCUUAAUGUAGGUUUGAAGUUCUUGACAUAUGUUUGAAGAGAACUUUUAGCAGCUAAUCCGCUAAAUCCAAAGAAGCCUAUUUAAGUUUCUCAGUUCGACCCCCCAGAUUUACCAUAUGUAGCUGUCUAGUUUAGGGGAGGGGUUUCUGAAAUGGUUGCUUUUACCCAGUUUUCCUUUGAAUCUCAUACUAUGAUCAGAUCAGUAAGUUAUAAGUUCUUGCUGUUGCUGAUCAUGCUUUGGUUUGCAUGAUGAAAACUACAAUAAACUUUCUUUGCUUGCUUUCAA